AUGGCUUCAUCAGAGACACAACCUGAACAACCUCCACAACAUCCCAACUACAAGACAAUUGUCUUGAAGGUCUCCAUUCAUUGCCAAGCCUGCAAGAAAAAAGUCAUCAAAAUUCUUCAAGGCAUAUACGGUGUUACUAGCGUAACCAUUGAUUUGAAGCAACAAAAAGUUAUAGUAACCGGGAACGUUAGCAGCGAUGUUUUGAUCAUGAAAUUAACCAAGACAGGGAAGCAUGCUGAGUUAUGGCCUGAAACUGAACAAGAAGCAGAACCAAAACCAACCGAUGUUAAAAAGAAGAAGCAGAGAAAACCAGAGAACAAAGAGAAAGAAAUCGAUCCAGAAACUGAAGACAGUGAAGAAAUAGAAAUCAUUCAGACCAGUGAAAACAACAAUGAAACAGGUAAAAUUAAAGUUGAUGAUACAUCAAAAAAAGUUGAAGUUAACGGAAGCACUCCUAAAAAAGGAAAUGGAGGCGGUGAUGUAAACGGUAGUACCGCUAAAAAAGGAAAUGGAAGCCGCGAGGUUAACGAUAACAGUAACAGAUCCAAAGAAGGUAACGCAACCGCAACCGCAACCGGUAAACCCGGUGUAGUACACGUUCAACACCCGAAUCCAGAAGUGAGGAAGCAAACAGUUGUGUUACCGGCUGGACCGGUUCCCGAGAAGAAAGUUAGCGUCGCAGUGCAAUUUCCUUGUGAGAACAAUGAAGAAGCAUCGAUAUAUGAGAAAACCGGUUCAACCGGUGGUACUAGCAGUGAAGUGAAAAAGAAGAAAAAGAAAGGAAAAGGUAAAGUUAAUACUAACAACAACGUUCAUGAGAGUGUUGUUGAACAGUUUGGAUUUGGUGAUGCUUCGGGUACUGGUGGUUCAGGUAACCGGUCACACGGUGAAGGUCAAAAUAAUUUUCAUGAUCAAGUACAUCGAGGUUCAGUUCCAGUUCAAAUUACACCCAAUGAGCUUCCGCCACGUCAUUAUACUAACCAACAAUAUUUUCCACCUCAGUACUAUGCUUCUCCGGUUUAUACCGUGAGCCAUCACACAGCGUAUCCUAGCAAUAGUAGUUACGGUGCAGCGUAUUAUGCGCCUCCGCAACCUUAUCAAUACGCGCAUGUGGUGAAUCCCGUUAACGAGAUGGAGGAUCAACCUAGGCCGUACACGUAUGAAUCAUCGGAAACGUAUAGUUCAUCACAACCGUCCGAUUCGUUUGUUUAUUUUAGUGAUGAAAAUCCUAAUGCGUGUAGUGUGAUGUGA